AUGGAAUAUUCUGCUCCUACCUUCUUGCUCAUACUCUUUUUCAUUAUUCCUCUCUUCAUCAAACUCCUCAAACACAAUGAUUCAACCAAGAAAUCAAAGAAGCCUAGGCUCCCACCAGGUCCCAAACCAUGGCCUAUCGUUGGUAACAUCCCUGAAAUGCUUGCAAACAAACCCACUUUCAGAUGGAUACAAAACAUCAUGAAUGAUCUCGAAACUGAAAUCGCAUGCAUUCGACUAGGCAACAUUCAUGUCAUCCUAGUAACUAGUCCUUCCAUUGCACGUGAAUUUUUCAUGAAACAAGAUGCGAUUUUCGCAUCACGGCCGUUGAAUUGGUCGAGUAAAUAUGUCUCAUCGGGAUACUUAACCACAACAAUAACACCCUUUGGAGAACAAUGGAAGAAAAUGAAGAGAGUCAUGGUGGAAGAAUUGAUUUCACCAAAAAGGCAUCAAUGGCUGCAUGACAAAAGGGCGGAAGAAGCCGACAACCUCGUCCGCCAUGUGUAUAACCAAACCAAGAAUGGUGGUGGCCUAGUGGAUUUGAGGAAUGUAACGAAACAAUAUGGUGGAAACUUGAUGAGGAGGUUGCUCUUCAAUAAGAGGUACUUUGGUAAUGGUAGAGAAGAUGGAGGAGCAGGUGCUGAGGAAUUGGAGUAUGUUGAAUCACUCUUCAUUGCGAUAAGGCACAUUUAUGCAUUUUCUGUUUCCGAUUAUCUUCCAUGGUUGUGGUGGCUUGAUUUUGAAGGUCAUAAAAAAAUAUUGAAGGAAGCUACUAAUACCAUAAGGAAGUACCAUGAUCCCAUAAUUGAAGAAAGGAUUCAUCAGUGGAGGAAUGGGACAAGGGCACAUCAAGAGGAUUGGCUUGAUGUUCUUAUAUCUUUGAAAGAUCCUAACAACAAUCCAUUUUUGACUCUCCAGGAAAUCAAAAGUCAAAUCAUGGAAAUUGCAGUUGGAGCAAUAGAUAAUCCAUAUAAUAAUGUUGAAUGGGUACUUUCUGAAAUGAUAAAUCAACCAGAGAUGCUUCAAAAGGCUACUCAAGAAUUGGACAGUGUGGUAGGAAAAGAGAGGUUAGUGGAAGAAUCAGAUAUUCCAAAACUCAACUAUGUGAAGGCAUGUUUAAAAGAAGGUUUUCGCCUUCACCCAAUUGCAGACUUCAAUGUUCCUCAUGUCUCAAUGGAAGAUACUAUUGUUGCCAAUUAUUUCAUCCCAAAAGGUAGCCAUAUUCUUAUUAGGAGGCAAGGUAUUGGCCACAAUCCAAGAGUUUGGGAAGAACCAUUAAAAUUUAAACCUGAAAGACAUUUGAAGAACGAUGCAUGUCGUGUGACUUUGGCUGAACCAAAUUUGGAGUUGUUCACAUUCGGUAUUGGAAGACGAAGCUGCCCUGCAAUCACACUUGGGUCUACAAUGACUAUUAUGCUCUUUGCAAGGUUGCUUCAUGGAUUCACUUGGAUUGCGCCUCCCAAUGAAUCAACCAUUGAUCUCUCUGAAUAUGAAAGGGACACCACAAAAGCUAAGCCACUAGUUGCACUGGGAAAGCCAAGAUUAUCCGUGAAAGUUUAUCAUCAGAUAAUGAAUUAAAAGAAAUUAAAUAUGUUUGAAUGAUUUGUUUGUGCUUCGUAUAUGUUAAG